AUGGCAAAGACAUUGAGACUGGGUCUGCUCCUUGUAGGCCCAGCCCUCAAUGUUAUGGCUAGUGGUAUACUCUCACCAACUGUUGCUGGCACAGAUCCCCCCCUGCCUCCUGGAAUGCCACAGCCACUCACUCUUGUUAUGGGGAGUAAUGCCUAUGAUAAAUGGGAAACAGUCCCUCGUAAUUUUGAUAAGUUGGGUUUUGUUCCUGAGGGAGCUGUUUACAACAGCAACACCGACGAUUACUGGUUAUCUGUACAUGGAAGUGCUGGUGUGAUGCCAUUUGCCCCAUCUGACUAUCAGUUCUUUCGCAACGUCAAAGAUUUCGGAGCUGUGGGUGAUGGCAUCACGGAUGAUACCGAGGCAAUUAAUCGAGCUGCUGCUACCUAUGGGCUUCACAACCAGACUGUACGACGUUGUGGUCUGGGCUGUGGCUCUACCACGACUCAAGGAGCCCUCGUGUACUUCCCUCCAGGCACCUACUUGGUUAGCUCACCGAUCAUCCAGUACUACUAUACGCAGUUCGUUGGGAAUCCAACCAGAAAGCCAACAAUCAAGGGUUCCCACAACUUUACUGGUAUUGCUCUGAUUGAUACAAACAUGGAUAUCCCUGAUAGCAACGGCAAUCAGUGGUAUAUCAGUCAGAACAAUUUCUAUCGCCAAAUCCGGAACUUUGUCUUUGAUAUGACGGCAAUGGACCGGAUCCGUCCAGACAAGGAUGAUGAAGUCCAUGUCCCCACGGGCAUCCAUUGGCAGGUUGGCCAGGCAUCGAGUAUUACUAAUUGCGACUUUCAAAUGUCUCCAUCAACCGCAAAUCAGACAGCUACUGCCGUAGGUAUCUUCAUGGAAUCUGGGACUGGCGGGUUUGUCUCCGACCUGACCUUUUCCGGAGGGAAUAUCGGUUUUGUCGCCGGUGGUCAGCAGUUCACUGCCAGGAACCUGCAGUUUAGCUCAUGCGGAACGGCUAUCAAGCACCUCUGGAAUUGGGGGUUUAAUUGGAAGGGCAUAUCUGUGUCAUCUUGUAACAUUGCAAUCGACACCACUACAUUCUCAGGGGCAGUAAGAUCACAGGGCAUAGGCUCUAUUUCCGUUAUCGACUCCCGGUUCAAAGGAGUCCAACAUGCGAUUACCGUUUCCGAAAAGCACAACCAGCGCCCUAACAUCGUGCUUGAUAACCUCCUUGUCCAGGAAACGCCUAUAGUUAUUCUUCCCUUGGGUGGACCUGCUAUUUUAAAUGGGUCAGAUAGCCCUCUUUUCUUUAAUUCGUGGUCCAGUGGCUAUAUAGUCGGACCAGACGGAGUAGGGAUACUUAACUCUGGAUUUAUGGAUCCUACCCCGAGCAAGCCCGCCUCACUGCUAUCUGAAGAUGCAUACUUCACCAAGUCAAGACCGAAUUAUGAGAAUGACAAGCCUAUCGUGGUAACUCACAAUGGGAUUUCCAACAACGCCACGGGCGAUCAGACGGAUGCCAUCAAUGCCCUGCUCUCAGAGAAUGUCGGGUCACUUAUAUACUUUCCCGCAGGCAUUUACCUUGUCAAAGGAACACUCAAAAUCCCUGUAGGCAGUCGCAUUACCGGAUCUGGCUGGAGUCAGAUCAUGGCCACUGGUUCCUAUUUUGAGAAGGCCGAUGACCCAAAGGUCGUUGUCCAGGUAGGUAAUAAGGGCGACAGGGGUACUGUUGAAAUCUCCGAUAUUCUCUUUACCGUCAAGGGUGCGAUGGCAGGUGCCGUCUUGGUGGAGUGGAACGUCCAUGAAGAUACUCAGGGCAGUGCUUGCAUGUGGGACAGCCACUUCCGUGUCGGCGGUGCCACUGGUACCGACUUACAGCUAGCAGAUUGCCCUGCCGGUUCCCAGAAAGCGCGCUGUAUGGCUGCAUCGUUGAUGUUUCACAUCACCUCAAGGGCGUCCGGAUACUUUGAGAACGUAUGGGCAUGGGUGGCAGAUCAUGACCUCGAUAACCCCCUCAAUUCGCUCGCCAUCGAGACGGACGCUGGCAUCCCGCACAAUGUCCAGACUCACCUCGCCGUCUUUGGGGCGCGUGGAAUCCUCGUCGAGUCGCGAGGACCAACAUGGCUGUACGCUUCCACGAGCGAACACUCGCAGCUGUAUCAAUACCAGAUUUUCAAUGCCUCCCACAUCUACCUCGGCCACGUACAAACGGAGACGCCCUAUUACCAGCCCAAGCCCAAUGCUCUGGCGCCGUAUAUGCCCGGCUUCGGUGGAUUCCCAUUUGAUCCGCUGUUCGACGAUUGCGCUGACGAUUUGUGCAAGGGAGCUUGGGGUUUACGACUGCUGAACUCUUCAGAUAUAUUCAUCUACUCGGCAGGCCUGUAUUCAUGGUUCCAGCAUUUUGACCGAAGCUGCAUCAGGACUGAGACAUGCCAGCUUUCUCUCAUCCAGACGGACUACGUAACGGGUCUGUGGCUUUACAAUAUAUUCACCAAGGGAAAUAUCGAGAUUGUUUCUCCGAACGGUGGCUUGGCUCCCCUUUAUUUUAACACCACCGCCACGGACGGCUACACAAGCGAAAUCGCGGCAUGGCUACAACUUUCGACUGGCGGCGGGGAUGUUGGUCGACCUUCCAUGGAGUUAGGCUCGGGCGACGUUACGCUCGAUCCAGGAAUUUGGGAGACGCCGGGAGCCAACGUGUCCUGCUUCCCCCCAUGCACAUACAUAUUCCCGCCUAUUACACUGCCGAGUCCCACUACUUUAGUCUAUCCUCCGUUGCCCACUUCAAUCGAGGUUGGAUGGUGGAAUACGACAGUAUUAACCUGGAGGGGAACUGCCUCGUCGACUUCUAUAUACUUCAGCACCGUCAUUAGUACAACUAUCAGCAUUCCUCCCAUCACGACUUCCAUCAUCUCUCUGUCCGAUGUGGUUGUCUCUGACACUACCCCGAUAGUUAUCCAUCCAAAGCCAUCAGUUAUUGGUCCUCUCUUCAGUAUUACGGAUCCAACUGUCAUCGACAACCUUACCAUUGCUAGCACUCCGAGUCCUCGGCCAUUCUACCCACCCCCAUGGCCUGGCUCGGCGUGGACAUCAAAUCCGGGCUAUACUACAAGCCCUACAUCCGGAGAAGUGACGUCUGCAUCCACCUCGACGUAUCAAAAUCAGACGACGAUGAGCAUGUCUAGCUCUACAUCUGGACUGACAUCCGUUCCAACGUGGACUAGCCAGACCACAGGCACGUCGGCUUCUGCAUCUCAGCCAACACCUAGUCCAACUUCUACAUAUCCAAGCCAGACUACGAUGAUGACCUCCACUUCAGAACCAGGUGGCCACUACACAUCAUCUAGCGAUUUGAUUACCAGUUCUGUCUCUCAAAACUCUGGCCCACCUAACCCCCGGUGCACACAGGCCCAUGGAUGUGGCAAGAAGUGCACAGAAGGGGUCUUUGGUGAUAUUUUCCAUCGUUGUGAUGAUGACGAUGGUAAUGGAUGCGGACCUUUCGGAAUUUUCUGUCUACCAUGGCCCGGUAAAUAUCACUCCCAUCAAUCUCUUCCUCCUUUUUAUUUGUCCUUUUUUUUCGUGAUCAUGGGUAACAUGAUUUGCCACAGGACCGCCUUUUCCUGCUUUUCCUCCACCCCCUCCACCCCCUCCUCCACCCCCUGUUGGGGGCCCUGGAAACAUUGGAGGCUCGGAGGACCCGACGCCCUCGAAUACGCCGUCAACAUCGAGUUGCUCAACGGAGACCUACAGUUCAUGCAGGACUGUCUGCGCUGUUGCAUCCCCUACUACUUCGUGCUCAUCGACCUGUAA